GUUGGAGGUUCUCGCUGCUCUGGGAGGUUAGAGAUACUUCAUGAUCAGACGUGGAUGUCAGUGUGUGACGCUGUCUUUGACCAGCAGGAUGCAGAGGUUGUGUGUAGAGAGCUGGACUGUGGGGCUCCUGUACAGGUGCUGGGAGCAGCUGCUUUUGACAAAGGAGACACUCAGAUGUGGACACAAGAGAUUCAGUGCAGAGGAAAUGAGUCUCAGAUUCACCUCUGUCCAAAAUCACCAUCAUAUGAAAACAAUUGUUCUCAUGAAAAUAAUAUUGGACUUGUGUGUGCAGAAAAUAUGAAAGUAAGGUUGGUUGGUGGUAACAAUUCAUGUGCUGGUAGAGUAGAAGUUCUUCAUAGAGGUCAGUGGGGAACAGUGUGUCAAGAGGACUGGGAUAUGACCGAAGCUGCAGUGGUGUGUAGAGAGCUGGACUGUGGAGAACCUGUAGAUGCUCUGGGUUCUGCUUACUUUGGACAAGGAUCAGGACCAAUCUGGAGUCGUAUUAUGUUAUGUACUGGAUCAGAGUCUACACUGAAGUUCUGUGGAUCAGUAGAGUGGGGUUUUUAUGACUGUGAUCACUCUAAAGAUGCAGGGGUCAUCUGCUCAGAUAAAAAAAAUGUGAGAUUGGUUGGUGGUAACAGUCGCUGUGCUGGUAGAGUGGAGGUUCUUCACAGAGGUCAGUGGGGAACAGUGUGUCAUGAUUUCUGGGAUUUGGCUGAUGCUGCAGUGGUGUGUAGAGAGCUGGACUGUGGAGAACCUGUAGAUGCUGUGAGUGAUGCUCAUUUUGGACCGGGAUCAGGACCGAUCUGGGUGAAUACUAUUUUAUGUGCUGGAUCCGAGUCAGCAUUGAAGAACUGUGGGUCAUCAGGAUGGAGCAUACAUGUCUGUACUCACAGUAUGGAUGCUGGGGUUAUUUGUUCAGGCCAUACACCUUCUCGACUUGUUAAUGGACCUCACCUCUGCUCUGGGAGGUUAGAG